AUGCAUUUUACACGUAAAUGUCGUCAGAUUGAAGUACUUCAUCAGUUUGAUAACCGUGGAAAUAGUUUGAAUUCCUGUUCUACAGAUAUCAUUUCAACAGAUAAUAACAGUAGUAAUAUACUAAUUGGUUCUAAUCCUCCAAUAUCACUAUUAAAUUUUGUCAUCGGCGAAUUAGUGAAUACAGAACAAAAUUACGUUCGGGAAUUGCGAUCUAUCGUUGAUUUUUAUAUUAGGCCAUUUGAAGCAGUGCAAAAUGAACACUAUAUAGGAGUUCAGUUUAAGGAUCGAGCUGAUAUAUUAUUCGGAAAUAUUCCUGAUUUGCUAGAUUUUCACAGCAACUAUCUUCUUGCUGAUUUUUUGAAUGCUGGGAAUUCAGUAACGGAAAUCUGUCGAUGUUUUCUGAAUCACCGAAACAAAUUUCUUCAACUUUAUCACUUUUAUUGUCAGAAUAAGCCAAUGAGUGAAGCAAUACGACGAGAACAACCUGAUGGAACGAUCGCUAAAUUUUUUGCGGAAUGCCAAAAACGAGCUGGACAUCCUUUGCCUCUGAGUGCUUACUUAUUAAAGCCUGUGCAAAGAAUCACAAAAUAUCAACUAUUACUUAAAGAGUUGCAUCGUCACUGUGAUGAUCACUUGAGAUCUCACGUGGAUGAAGCCCUUACAUCAAUGCUUAGUCUACUAGCUCAGCUAAAUACAGCCAUGCAUCAGUUGCAUAUUUCUGGUUUUUUGGGUGAUAUCUCUCAAAUGGGUCCUUUAAGACUUCAAAAUGAAUGUGAUAUUUAUGCCUUCAAAAAAAAAAAUCGUCGUCUAAACAAAGUACAACGUCGACAUCUUUUCCUUUUUGAUGGUGGUUUAAUGUUUUGUAAGAAGCGAUCACAACCUUUACCUUAUGGUUCUGAAUAUUACGAGUAUAAGUUAUCAAUACCAACUUGUAGUUUGGGUUUUUCGGAAACAUCAAAAACUUCUUCGAUACGUUUUGAAGUGUGGGAUGAGACAAGAAGUGAAGCGUUUGUUGUACAACCCAUUGAUGAAUCUGUGCGGAUAAGAUGGAUACAACGACUGUACAGGAUAGUUGGUGAACGUAUAAUAGCAAAUAGUGACAAAUUAAGUCAACAGCAUCGACCACCGCGUCCACAAUCUUGGGCUUCCACAGUAUCUAAUGAUAGUAUCCGUUCAACUGAUACAACUACCGACAGCAGUGUAAUGGAUGGAAAUGGGAAUAAUCAUGGUGGUGCAUGUUGUUCUUCACAUUCUUCUGGAUCACCAACAUUUGUUCCCGUUUCACCAGACGAUGAUUCAGAAAAUAAUGUGAAUCCUGUCGUCAGUCAACAUAUACGAUCCUACAGCUGUUCAGAGAAUUGUCUUGACGGAUUGUCAUUAUCAUCAACAUCGUCUCCAGGAGCAUUGAUAUCAUCAUCAACAACAACACCACCAUCAGGAGUAGCAUCAAUUGCUAAAGCAAUUACAGCAACUACACCACUGAAUACUAUUGUUGAAAGUACUUCAUCUACAGAACUUUUUGCAGCUAUUUGA